UUGACUAAUUUCUUAUAACCCCCUGUUCGACUUUGACUUGGAACGUGUACACGUCCGAAGACAGCCCCGCCAGUAUCGUUCAUCAUGGCAAAACCGAAGGGUGUUGUCUCGAGUAUUCAUAUCUCGGGGCAAGCGAACAGACCCAUGUCCCGGCCAGCCCAUGCACUCCGGCAUGAUCAGCUUCUUAUUGAACUCGGCUCCGAUGAUAUCAACGGCCUGUCAAGCAACGUCGCAAAACAACGCUUAGAGGAACUUGGAAGAAACGAAAUUGGCAAUUCCAAUGGAGUAUCUGUUUGGAAAAUUGUAGUUGCCCAGGUGGCUAAUGCGAUGACUAUGGUAUUGAUUAUGGCCAUGGUCGCCAGCUAUGCUAUCAAAUCCUACAUCGAAGGAGGUGUCGUCAGUGCCGUCAUUGUUCUCAACGUCGUUGUUGGAUUUUUCCAAGAGUAUACCGCUGAAAAGACAAUGGAUUCCCUUCGUUCCCUUAGCUCCCCCACAGCUAGUAUCGUGCGCGACGGGAAUUCUAGCGUCGUUCCCACCGCCGAAGUGGUCAUGGGCGAUUUGGUUGAACUAAACACUGGUGAUACUGUCCCUGCCGAUAUUCGCAUCGUUGAGGCCGUCAACUUCGAAACGGAUGAGGCUCUCCUAACGGGAGAGUCGGUCCCCGUCCGGAAAGACGAAAAUGCGAUCUUGAGUGAUUCUAUAGGUCCUGGUGACAGAAUAAAUAUUGCGUUCAGCUCCUCCACAGUUACGAAGGGUCGUGCCAGGGGUAUAGUGUUUGCCACCGGAAUUUGUACCGAAGUUGGGGCUAUCGCUUCGGCGCUUCGUGAAAAUGAUUUCAAGAUACAUCCAGUUAAGAGAAAUCCAAACGGCUCAGCCAGUCCUCACCGUUACCUUGAGGCCUACACCUUGACUCUCACCGAUGCAAUUGGUCGUUUCCUCGGGCUCAAUGUAGGCACGCCUCUGCAAAGGAAGUUGUCGAAACUCGCGAUCCUCCUUUUCGGUGUUGCUGUGCUAUGCGCCAUUAUCGUUCUCGCAGCUAACAACUUUGAUUCUCGACAAGAGGUCAUCAUCUAUGCAGUUGCCACCGGCCUUUCCAUGAUCCCAGCUUCCUUAGUUGUCGUGCUAACCAUUACCAUGGCAGCGGGAACGAAGCGCAUGAUACAUCGAAACGUUAUAGUGCGAAAUCUCAAAUCCUUAGAAGCCCUAGGCGCUGUUACAGAUAUAUGUUCUGACAAAACCGGAACUCUGACCCAAGGCAAGAUGGUAGCUAAACGGGCGUGGAUUCCCGCCCUAGGCACUUAUACCCUCGAAACGUCUUCGGAACCUUUUAAUCCUACUGUGGGAAAUAUGCGAUCCAAUUCGCACCAGCCAUGCCAGAUCGUCUCUGAAAGGGGCGAAUGUGAGACCGGGGCAGCAGUCCUGCCUUCCCACCUGCUAGCUAAUAGUAGGGAGGCACUAACCGAUUUUCUAUACGUCGCCUCGCUUGCGAACCUUGCCACCGUAUCUCAGAAGGAUGGGGCAUGGAACGUCCGAGGCGAUCCGACCGAGAUCGCAAUCCAAGUCUUUGCCUCGCGAUUCGACUGGAAUAGGCUUAGGUUUACCCAAGGCGAGAAGCCCGAGUGGAGUCACGUUGCCGAACUCCCUUUCGACUCUCACGUCAAGCGAAUGUCUGUCGUGUUUAGGAACAACGCCACAAGCCAGCUUUUUGCCUUUACCAAAGGUGCGGUGGAGCAAGUUAUUCCUGCUUGUAGCUUUUAUUGCGAGCACGAUGGCCAAGAACCAGCCAGGAUGACCGAUGAGAUCCAUGCGCGUGUCCUGAAGAACAUGGGGGCUCUUGCUAGCACUGGCCUACGCGUCCUAGCCUUUGCAAGCAAGAAGUUCGAAAGCCACCUAGAAAAGGGGCAAGAGGUUGAUAGAAAUACAGUCGAAUCUAACCUUACAUUCCGCGGCCUCAUCGGCCUAUACGACCCCCCGAGACCAGAGUCAGCCCCCGCUGUCCGAAGCUGUCACGAGGCCGGCAUAUCGGUGCACAUGCUGACGGGCGACCACCCCGAAACAGCUAAAGCGAUCGCAAUCGAAGUUGGCAUACUUCCCCGGCAGAUGGAACGGGUUAGAGCGGAUAUCGCAGGCGCUAUGGUGAUGACCGCUACCCAAUUCGACGCCUUGACCGAUGGCCAGGUUGAUGAGCUGCCAGCUCUACCCCUAGUCAUCGCUCGGUGCGCUCCCACCACCAAGGUGCGGAUGAUCGAGGCACUCCAUAGGCGCAAGAGGUUCUGUGCAAUGACCGGGGACGGCGUGAACGAUUCGCCAUCGCUCCGACGAGCCGACGUGGGCAUCGCCAUGGGCCAAGCCGGCAGCGACGUCGCAAAAGAAGCAUCAGACAUCGUGCUCUCAGACGACAACUUCGCGAGCAUCGUAGCCGCCAUCGAGGAGGGCCGGCGCAUCUUCGACAACAUCCAGAAGUUCGUCCUGCACGUUCUCGCGGAGAACAUCGCACAGGCCGGCACGCUGCUCGUCGGGCUCGCCUUCAAAGACGAGCACGGGCUCUCCGUUUUCCCCUUGGCCCCCGUAGAGAUCGUCUGGAUCAUCAUGGUCACCUCGGGAUUGCCGGACAUGGGUCUGGGUUUCGAGCGCGCCGUGCCCAACAUCAUGGCCCGCCCCCCGCAGAGCCUGGCGGCGACAACGGGGGGCGGCGGCAUCUUCGACGGCGAGUUCCUCGUCGACAUGGUCGUCUACGGGCUCUGGAUUGCGGCCCUCUGCCUCGCCAGCUUCGUGCUCGUCGUGUACCGCUUCGGCGGCGGGGACCUGGGCCGCGGCUGCAACGACGCAUACAACCACACCUGCCACGUCGUCUACCGCGCCCGCGCCACCACCUUCGCGUGCCUCACCUGGUUCGCCCUCUUCCUCGCCUGGGAGAUGGUCGGCCGCCGGCGAUCCUUCUUCCGGGUGCGUCCGGGCCCCCGCAGCUACGUCGUGCGCUGGGCGCAGGGGCUCUGGGGCAACAAGUUUCUGUUCUGGGCCAUCGGCGUCGGCUUCGUCACGCUGUUCCCGAUGCUGUACAUACCCGGGCUUAACACCGUCGUCUUCCGCCACCUCGGCAUCUCGUGGGAGUGGGGCAUCGUGUUCGUCAGCGCCGCGCUCUUCUUCGGCGGCGUCGAGGGCUGGAAGUGGGCCAAGCGCGUCUACUUCCGGCGCAAGUUUGCCCGGCUCGUGCAGCGGAGGAGGGGGAAAGUGAUCAAGUGGAAGGAUAUGGAUGUGGAGGAGCGCGCGUUUGCUGAUUACUUGGAUUUCUCACUUCCGCUUGGUGGUGGCGUUGGUGAGGGGGAGGAGGGAAAGGAGGAGAAUGUCGAAGUCAGGGCUGAGUGUGUUGUGGUGGGACGCCAAUGACUAAGAAGGGGUGGGGAACCCCUGGUUAUGGCGAAGGAGGUGGUGAUGGGUAAGUAUGUGAGUGUGAUAGAUGUUUCCGAGGGAGUGUUAGGUGGAAAGGGCAAAGAGAUAUGGAAUAUGGAGGGCGACAGUCGCUACCGUAUUUAUAAUUGGAAAGGAUUUGCUCUGUGGGGUGGUCUGUGGCAUUUGUCAAGGUUAUCAACCAAUUUCGACAUCACUAUUAUCUUAAGGGAGAUACUGCCCAUAGCUAUGAUAGACUCAUUCUCUACCUAUAAUCGCAACGUUAAUGAACAGCAAAUUGUCUAUUUAAAUCUUCUAAUGACAACCACGGUGGAAUACUAGUUCCGCCGACGGUAUAUCUUAGGCAUUUUUGAGUGAUGGAUUUCUAACAAACCCAUCUCUAACCACCUAAUCACCUAUACCUCCAGCUAAUCAUAUAUACGUUUAAAUCGCGU